AUGCACCCUGACAACAAACUGCCCAGCCAUGGCAAGGCAGGCAGCAGCGGUGCCCCGGCCCAGCACCACAACGUGAGCCAAGCACCCACCUGCAACCUGGGCUCGAAGGGUGUGGGUGCAGGCAGCCAUGGCGGCAAGGCCACCCAGAUCUCCCCUGGCAACUCUGGACUGAAAAACAGCCAGAACACUGUCCCGAACUUCAGCUCCUUGAAAGGCAAGGUGAAACGGGAACGAAGCAUCUCAGUGGACUCUGGAGAGCAGAGAGAAGCUGGCACCCCGUCGCUGGACACAGAAUCAAAAGGCGAGGUGGCUCCCCGCAGCAAGCGGCGGUGUGUGCUGGAAAGGAAGCAGCCAUACAGUGGGGACGAAUGGUGCUCUGGGCCAGACAGCGAGGAAGACGACAAGCCCAUCAGCAGUGCACACAAUUGUAAUGUAGCAGAUCCUGCAAUGUCCACGGCCUCGCAGCUUGGCCCAGGGUCCAACCCGCUGCCAAACCUGAAUGAGACCAGUUCUUCCAGCACACCUCAUGGUACUGCGCCAGGCUUACGGUCGGAUGGUGCGGGAGGUGGAGGUGGUGGAACAGGAAAGCAGCCUUCUCAGUUCGUCUACGUCUUUACAACGCACCUUGCUAACACAGCUGCGGAAGCUGUCUUGCAGGGCCGAGCUGACUCCAUUCUGGCCUAUCAUCAGCAAAACGUCCCACGGGCAAAGCUAGACCAGGCGCCAGCUCCUAAAGUGCUGGGAGUUGCUGAGCAGGUUCCGAUUAACCCUCCUUCUGCCAACACUCCCCAGUCUCAGCCACCAGCACCUCAAGCAAGUCAGCCACAGCCGCAGCCUCCUCCACCGCAGCCUCCUCCUCCACCUCAGGCCAUCAGUCAGACAGCCCUACCUGCACCCAACAACCUGCCCCAGGAGGGCACGAGUGAAGAUGUCCGAAGAGAACUGACUCCCAACUCUCUAGGAAACAACAGCGGCAGCAACCAGCCUGGAAGUAACCACCCCAAUACACCCACUGCAUCCACCACCACCAUGCAGCCUGGGCAAGUGGACUCUGCCACGUCCAGCUCCAGCCUCCUCGGGGAGGGCCCGGGCUCAGGGAUGCAGGGGAAUGGGCAGGCAGGUCUGGGUUCCAGGAACUCUAUGAACUCAGAAGGGCUCUCGAAGGAGCAGCUGGAGCACCGGGAGCGCUCUCUGCAGACCCUGCGGGACAUUGAGCGCCUGCUGCUGCGCAGUGGGGAGGCUGAGCCGUUCAUGAAGUCCAGCCAAAGCACUGGUGAGGGUGGGACAGCCCCUCAGCCACAGGCUGCCCCUGCCCAGCCCCCCGCACCUCCUGCAGGCAUGAAGAAGUACGAAGAGCCUCUGCAGUCCAUGAUUUCCCAGACCCAGAGCCUUGGUGGCCCCAGCCUGGAACACGAGGUGCCCCACCACCCCGGCACUGACAUGGGGCAGCAGAUGAACAUGAUGAUGCAGCGGCUGAACCAGGACAGCUUGACGCCAGAGCAAGUGGCCUGGAGGAAGUUGCAGGAAGAGUACUAUGAGGAGAAGCGCCGAAAAGAGGAGCAGAUCAGCAUCCAUGGCCGACCCAUGCAGGAAAUCAUGAUUCCACAAUCUAUGGGCAGCAUGAUGAUGCGUGGCCCCCCCCCACCCUACCACAGUAAGCCUGGGGAGCAGUGGCCGCCAGGCAUGGGCAGCCAGCUGCGGGGACCCAUGGACGUGCAGGACCCUAUGCAGCUAAGGGGAGGGCCACCCUUCCCAGGGCCACGAUUCCCUGGAAAUCAAAUACAGAGAGUCUCUGGCUUUGGGGGGAUGCAGAACAUGCCCUUGGAUGCUCUUGGUCCCAUGAAUGCCAUGCAGAGACCGGUCAGGCCUGGCAUGGGAUGGAGUGAUGAUCUGCCUCCGAUGGGAGGUCCCGGCAACUUCCCACAGGGUUCCCUGCCCUACCCGUCAGGGCAGGGGGACCCUGAAAGGUUCAUGAAUCCACGUGCCAGGGAGGAGAUUCUACGGCACCAGCUGAUGGAGAAACGCCCGGUGGCAAUGCAGAGGCCCAUGGGGAUGGCCAGCAACUCCAUGAGCCAGGGUAUGGAAAUGGAGAGGAUGAUACAGGCUCACAGACAGAUGGAUCCAUCCAUGUUUGCUGGGCAGAUAGCAGGGGACAACCUCAGCAGCAACCCAAUGGGAAUGGAUUUUGCAGGAACUCGUGGGAUACUGAGUCCCCCUAUGAGCCAGUCAGGCCUUCGGGACAUGGACGCACCCAUGGGCCCUGGCAACCUCAACAUGAACAUGAAUGUCAACAUGAACAUGAACAUGAACCUCAAUGUCCAGAUGACCCCCCAGCAGCAGAUGAUGAUGUCGCAGAAAAUGAGGGGGCCUGACAUGAUGGCCCAUCAGGGUAUGAGCCCUGAGGAGCUGGCCAGGGCAAGGGCUCAGAAUGGCAACGGCAGUGCAAUGCUGGGGGGACCGCAGAAAAUGAUGAUUCCCUCCCAGUUCCCCAGCCAAGGACAACAAGGUUUCUCAAGUGGACAAGGACCUUACCCCAACAUGCCUCAGGAGAUGGGCAGUGCCUCAGACAUGUUCAGCCCCGAGCAGGGCACCAUGCCUGUCGGAAGCAUCAGUGGUACCACUAGACUCAGCCACAUCCCUCUGCCUCCAGCCUCCAAUCCCGCUCCUGCACAAGGAGGAAACCUGGCCAAUAUGCACCCAGCACCUUCCCGGGGGUUGGGCCGCCGGCCCUCCGACCUCACCAUCAACAUCAGUCAGAUGAACUCCCCUAGCAUGGGUCACCUCAAGUCCCCCACCCUCAGCCAGGUGCACUCCCCACUGGUCACUUCGCCCUCUGCCAACCUCAAGUCCCCGCAGACGCCAUCGCAGAUGGUCAGCAUGCCACCUUCUAACCAGUCUGGGCCCCUAAAGUCUCCCCAGGUGAUGAGCUCCUCACUUAAUGUCCGCUCUCCGACUGGCUCACCAAGCCGCCUGAAGUCCCCUUCUAUGGCUGUUCCUUCCCCGGGUUGGGUGCCAUCUCCCAAACCCACAAUGCCCAGCCCAGGAGUCAGCCAGAGCAAGCAGACACUCAGCAUGAACUCCUCCACAUCCAUGGCAGGACUGGAUCAGGGUUCUCUCCCUUCUGGGCCCAGGAGUAGUUCUUCUGCACCAGCCAGCAACCAACCAGCCUCUAGCACCAUGAACCCCAACAUGCCUUUUACUUCCUCUCCAGAUCCAUCCCCCUCCCAGAACCCCCUUUCUCUGAUGAUGUCUCAGAUGUCCAAGUACGCCAUGCCCAGCUCCACACCACUCUACCACAAUGCCAUCAAAACCAUUGCCACCUCUGAUGAUGAGCUGCUGCCAGACAGGCCUAUGCUUCCACCUGGAAGUAUGGCAGGUGUGACAGGGAAUCAAACAAAUCAGCUGCACUUAAACUCCGUGGGACCUGGAUCCUCCCAGAGCCCCAUGGGAAUCAACCUGCCUGGUCAGCAGCCUCUUUCCCACGAACCACCCCCUACUUCUAUGAUGUCCUCCCCAAACCCGCUAGGCUCCAACAUUCCUAUGCACCCGAGUGCGCCGGGGCCAGGUGUGCCCCCCCAGAACCCCAUGAUGCUGCCCCCAGGGCCCCAGGACUCGCUGAACCAGCAGUGCGGCCCCGUGCCCAACAGUUCACAGAUGAUUCCUUCCAACCAGCUCGUGUUCCCCCGCAUGCAGCAGCCCCACAACGCCAUGCAGUCUCCUGCAGGAAGCAUGCCCAUGGCCCCUGGUGGGGCAGGUGGCCCUGGCAUGCAGCAGCAUUUCCCACCGGGAAUGUCACUGCCUCCCGAGGACCUUCCUACCCAGCAGCCCGGCCAGAUGCCUCCUCAGCAGCACAUGAUGGGCAAGAACAUCCCUCCUCGGAUCGGCGAGCCCUACCCAGCUGUGCUCCCCGGGGUGGCAUCGGUACUGAACGAUCCUGAGCUCAGUGAGGUCAUCCGGCCCACACCCACGGGCAUCCCCGAGUUUGACCUCUCCAGGAUCAUCCCGUCGGAGAAGCCAAGCAGCACCUUGCAGUAUUUCCCCAAGAGUGACAGCCAAGCACCCAAAUCACAGCCUUCCAACCUCCACCUCAUGAACCUGCAGAACAUGAUGGCUGAUCAGCCCCCCGUGAGGCCAGGUAUGAAUGCCCCCAGCCUUCCGGGGCAGCAGGGCGUGCAGAGGGGACUCGGCAUGCCCAUGUGCCAUCCUGGACAAGUGCCCAUGCUGGGCAGGACAGGCAUACCGCCCCAGCAAGGCAUGAUGGGCAACAGCAUGCAUCAGGGCAUGAUGUCUCCGCAGCAGAGCCUGAUGGCCCAGCAGAAUUUCAUGCUGAUGCAGGCCAAGCAGAGGAGCAUGUCUGUGUCAGGGGAGAUGUAUGCCCAGACAGGACACAUCAUGUCACCUCAGGGCUCUCUCAUGGGACCCCCACCGCAGCAGAACCUAAUGGUCACACACCAGAUGAGGCAGAGGAGCGUCUCCCUGGACAGCCAAAUGAGUUACAUCCCCGGGCCGGGGAACAUGGCUAACCUGCCUUUCUAAAGCAUGGGCCUGAUUGUACAGAUGUUUUUAAACCUUUCGUUGGGGGCGGGUUGGGGGCCGACGCCAGUGGAGGACACCAAGUGGGAUGCUUUUCAUAUCGGAUUUGCCUCUAUACAGAAAACCAGAUGUGCAGUAAACUUGAUGUGAAUUGGGUUUGUUUUUUUUUU